UAACUAAACAUGAAAGAUGCCCAGAAUAUAUGAUUAAAUAGUUUUUUUUUAACACGUAUAUGUUAAUAUGUGAUGAUGUCAGGGCAGGUAUGAACGGUUUUCGUUGCGUGUGUAUUACUUUGACGUAACUGGGGGUAGAGUUCAGAAUACUGAUGAUGAUGUCAUCGCCUAAAGAUGGCUGAAGGAGAAAGCUGGUGGGGAGGCUGGCUUCAUCAAAGCUUCCAGGCCGUCAAAGACAAGUCAUCUGAGGCCUUGGAAUUUAUCAAGCGAGACUUGACGGAGUUUUCCACAGUAGUGCAGCAUGACACGGCCUGUUCAAUUGUGGCCACAGCCACUGCAGUCAAAAACAAGCUGGCGGUUGAAGGCUCGUCAGAGACUACAGAGAAGGUGAAGAAGAGCCUCUCCAGCUUCUUAGGAGUCAUAACAGACACACUUGCUCCACCCCCUGAUAAAACCAUAGACUGCGAUGUUAUCACAUUGGUGGCAACACCGGCUGGAACUACAGAAGUCUACGACAGCUCGAAGGCACGGCUCUACAAUCUGCAAGCUGAUCCCGCCACAUAUUGCAAUGAGCCUGAUGGGCCCCCAGAGCAAUUUGACAACUGGCUAUCCAACUUCAGUGUGGACGAUAAGAAAGGUGAAAUCUCUGAGCUCUUGGUUAGCAGUCCCUCAAUACGAGCACUUUACACAAAAAUGGUUCCGGCAGCGGUUGCCCAUUCGGAGUUCUGGCAGAGGUACUUCUAUAAAGUAUUUCAGCUGGACCAGGAGGAGGCACGGCGAGUGGUGCUGAAGCAGCGGGCUGAACAGGCAUCCCACACAGAAGUCCUUGGCUGGGAGGAAGAGGAGGAGGAUGACUUUGUUGGUACUGCAUCCUCAUCCCAUCUCAACUUCACGCCCCCAUUGGACUCAAGCACAGCACAGGAACCGGCACCUUCGAUGACUCCCACAGCAACCACACAGCUGCGUAAUACAAACCUGUCUCCCGGUGAAGAGCGUGACGCCACCCUCUCAAUUAGCAGUGACAGCGUCAGUCUGCCAACGCAGCUGGAGGUGCAGCCCGAGCCCGUUGUCACCGAGCUGGUAACGAAGCUGACCGAGGUCACUGUGGACGAUGUAGUAGACAAGAUGCCAAAAGCGCAAAAGCCUGAGCAGACCUGUGACUCGGCUCCUGUGACACAAAUGGAAACUGGGACCCAGCCCGAGGUCACCGUGGAUGCGGUGACAUCAUGGGCCCCAAAAGUAGAGGCCGCAAAGGAGGACGGACCCCAUGACCUGAGAGUGUUUGAGCUGAACUCUGACAGUGGCAAGUCUACACCUUCUAACAACGGCAAAAAAAGUACAUUCCCCACAGGUUCAAGUACUGAUGUGAGCGAGGACUGGGAGAAAGACUUUGAUCUCGACAUGACAGAGGAAGAAGUUCAAAUGGCGCUCUCUAAAAUCGAAGCAUCUGGAGAGUUGGAAGAAGACUGGGAGAACUGGGAGUGAGAGACCCUGCAGCACCAACCAUGUCCACACCAUCUAAGCUAAUUCUCUGCUGAUGAACCAUGCCUUAAAUCUUUGUCCACGCCGUCACCUUGUCUUAUAUGUCCGUUGGAGAUUUUCCAGCAGGGGUUUUGAACCAGUUUGGGAAACCUAUUGGAAAGGGAGACAAGGUAUAGGUAGGCCUUUCCUCCAGACACCGUGACAUGACUAUUUCUUGGAGUUACUUCGGAAUGCAGAGCAGAUGACACUCGUAAAUAGACGGAGGUUGUAAUCAAGAUCGAUCACAACAACGGAGGAACCCUUUCCUUUUUUUUCUUUGUACUAUGAGUUCAUCAUGUAUGUUUUUGUUGGCUUAACGUUAGGUAAAAAGUAGCGGAAGUGCUGCUUGUCACCUUUGUGAGCUAAAAUACGACAGCAGUAAUUUUGGAUUAUUAUUAUUAUUAUUAUUAUUAUAGAGCAAUUAUUAAGUCUACCCUUGCCCGCCUUUAUUUGACUUGCUUUUUAUGCAAAUAUCAACAGACCCGCGCGAAAGCGUUAACACCCUUAGUUUUUGCGCAUUUUUGUUACAACCUCUAAUUUAAGUCCGUUAUUUAUCUGAAUUUUUCAAAAUAAAAUCUUAAAAUUGGCACGCGCAUAACUACUCACCCCAGUCCAGUACUUGGUAGAGCCACUUUUUUUUGGCAAUCAUGGCUACAAAUCGUUUUUGAUAAGCCUCUGUUCCAAUUUUGACCAACACUUGUAGACCAGUGCAGGUUUUGCUCACAUAUUUAGCACCAACCAGCUUUUUCUGCAUUCGGAUGGAGUGGUUGGUUCGAAAGAUGUUCUGGGGGCCCCAAGUAUUGUGCGUGUUUAAUAGCAGCAGCUGUGAUGCUUACAAUAAUUGUAGUUUCUCAGGUGGCUCAUCACGGGGUGGCUAAGGGACGAAGUGGUACGCACAUCUGCUGCACAUUUCUGAGAUUGCGGGUUUCAAAUCCAGGCUCCUACUUCCCUGUGUGGAGUUUGCAGGUUCUCCCCAUACUUGCCUGAGGUUCUUCUCAAAGUUCAAAAACAUGCACAAAAACAUGAACAAUAGAACACUCAAUAUCGUCCUUAAGUGUGAACGUUUGGGUGUCAAUAUGUGCCAUGUGGCUUUCUGGUGACCCGUUGAGACUCAUCUCUUACCCAAAGUCAUAUUGGAUAGGCUACAUCUCAUUAGUGGCGCGAGUAAGCAGUAUCGAAAAUUGAUGGGUGGAUCUGAGGAAUAAAAUAAAGAUUAAAGUCAGACACAGAAAUUCUUAUGAAGUCGUUCGGAAUUGCAUGCCUGCAAUUUAACAUUAUGCAAAAUGUUGUAGUAGUUAUGUGAUUGGACAAUGUAUUGCACAUCUGUGAUUGACAGUACCAUUUCUGUUGUUCCAUCUUAAAGCUGUCACAUCAUUUUUACUUUGAGUUGCUUUCAGUAGGAAUUCUCAAUUGUUUAUGCCAUUAAAAGUUUCAUGGCGUA